AUGCAGGUCCCGGAUUCAGAGGACGACCAGGAGUGCUCGUCGGACUCUGACGAGGAGAUGGGCGAGGUCGCACGCACCCCGGCCAAGCAAGCCAUCCUGGGUCGCUUGGCUUGUAGUUCGCGCGACGGCAAUGCUUCCGCUCUUCUCGAGCAUGCGGUGCAGCAACUGGGCAAGUACGAAAUCAUCUCAUACGGUCCUGAAUCCGAAGGCGAGAUCAAAGCCUACAUCGUCGGCAAGGAGACCAAGAGGGGGUGGGGCUUGUUGCAAGCGAUCGCGUGUGGGGUGCCGCUCGUGUCGGAAGACUGGCUGUCAAGCUCUAUCUCCGAGGGAAAGUGGAAAGCGAUGAAUGUAUUCAGAAGCGACCAGUUUGGACAGUCACCGAGGUCUGUGGAGGCCGGGGCGACGACCGUUCGGAUACUCGAGGGGCAGCGCAUCAAAAUUUUGUCGGACAAGAAGGACGCGGCCAGCAUCCGCAAGCUGGUUAAGCUGUGCGGGGGGAGGAUCGCGGAAACUCGAAUGGAUGUUGUGAUCAAUGAUGGGGCGCAUGUGCUCGGGGGGUGUGCUAAUGUGGAGAAGAAGUGGCUCGCAGACUCUGUCGAGGCCGGCGAAGUGAUGGAUUUUGAGGGUUACAUAGUGGAGCCGUAAGCUGGGAGAGGGGAGGGUACCGUAUUGUAGAGUUUUGCUAAUUGAAGAUUAUCGCUUUGAAAACAUUAUGUACUACAAACGUGGGAUCUUGCAUUACAAGGUUUUAUGACUGCG